UCCUAAACCUCAAAGGCUUCAAACAACAAGCAUUUAUAUCUCACAGGUUCUUUGGGUCGGGAACUCAAGAGUGGCUUAGCUAGGUGGUUCUGUUCAUGGUUCGUCAGGAAAUUGUAAUCAAGAUUGAACUCAUUUGCCAACAAAAUAAUAUAACAGUAUUGGAAGAUACAAUAAAAAGGCUUAAAUCUAUAAUUUUAGAGACUGAAAAAACACAACAUAAAUCUCCUUCCAGACUUGAUUCCUUUGUCAAGACUCUAGAAGCAGACAGAGAUUACUACAAGAGUGAAGCUCAAAAUCUGAGAAAGAUGAUGAGAAGUAGAUCUAAAAGUCCAAGACGCCCGUCUCCAUGUGCUCGUGUUGCAAACUGUGAUGUAGAGCUUUUGAAGACAACAACAAGAGAUCGUGAAGAACUUAAAUGCAUGCUGGAAAAAUACGAGCGUCAUUUGGCAGAAAUUCAGGGUAAUGUCAAGGUUCUUACAUCUGAAAGAGACAAGACCUUCCUUCUUUAUGAACAGGCACAGGAAGAAAUUGCCCGACUUCGACGAGAAAUGAUGAAAAGCUGUAAGUCUCCUAAGUCAACAACAGCGCAUGCUAUUCUUCGGCGGGUGGAGACUGAAAGAGAUGUAGCCUUCACUGACCUACGAAGAAUGACCACAGAACGAGAUAGUCUGAGGGAAAGGCUAAAGAUUGCCCAAGAGACAGCGUUUAAUGAGAAGGCUCACUUGGAACAAAGGAUAGAGGAGCUGGAGUGUACAGUCCAUAACCUUGAUGAUGAACGUAUGGAGCAAAUGUCAAAUAUGACUUUGAUGAAGGAAACGAUAACCACUGUGGAAAAAGAAAUGAAAUCACUAGCAAGAAAGGCAAUGGAUACCGAAAGUGAACUUGGCAGGCAAAAAGCAGAGAAUAACUCUUUGAGGUAAACUAACGUACCUUUAAACAACUAAAUAGUUUGCUAUAGCCAAUAGCUCUGCUUUUUGUAGUGUAUUUUACAAUGAAAAUUAAGUUGUUUGUUGACUUUAAUUUCUGAGAGGAUUAUUAUGAAGCAGUUGUAAAAGUCAUAGUACACACAAAAUGAUUUCCCCAAGAUCAAUCACAGACCUAUAAUACCACACUUAACUAGGGAUCACACUUCUUAGUAAUUUUAACUUUACAUUUGCAAAAAGCCUUAGUGUUUACCUGAAAUAGUUUUUACAAAGCCGUUCUGGGUACAGAUCAUAUUUGACUUUUUUAUUUGUUUAAUUUACCUUUGUAACUUUAAAAUUUUUUCUGGGAUAUGAGCAGUAUGAGAAAGCACAAAGUACAGGUUUGACAGUCACUUGGAAACAGGGUGGUUUAGAAUAUA